AUGCUGGGGCUCUCAGUCAUGGCAGCUCUGGUUUUCCUGGCCACUCCUGCCCUGGGUGGUGUGAAGGACCUGAGCUGGCACUUCAGCAAUCCCAAGUCUGAGAAAGAGACCGACCCACGGGCGCUUUCACAGGGAGGCGAUGACCUGGAGUCCAUCCCUCUGGAGUUCCACAAAGAGAACACGGUCACCAACGACCUGGAACAUGUUGAAGGCUUGGAGGAGGAGGAGGAGGAUUACAUCGACUUCGAUAAGAUCCUGGAGGAAGGCGAUGACUACACUGAGGGUGACGCCAUAGACGAGAUCGCCACACCUGCGCCAGGCAUUGACCUUAACUUAGAACCGUCUGACCCUAAAGCGCGCCGGGCGCGGCUUCUCCGGCUCUUCCACGGGCGCACCCGGCUGCAGCGCCUCAACGUAGUUAAUUCACACUUCGGAUUUCGCCUCUAUCGGAGCAUCCGGAACCACGUGAACCAGACUGACAACGUCCUGCUGGCACCUGCCGGAAUCUCCAUCGCCAUGGGGAUGAUGGCGCUGGCUGCCGGCCCUGCUACACACGAGCAGCUCUAUGAAGCUCUGGGUUUCACUGAUUUCAUCAGCACAAGCAGCCACUACAACGCCUCCACCGUGCACAAGCUUUUCCGCAAGCUUACACACAGAUUAUUCAGACGCAACUUUGGCUUCACACUGCGCUCAGUCAAUGACCUUUACGUGAAGAAGGAUGUCAGCAUAAGGGAAAGCUUCAGCACUAAGGCAAAGACAUACUACUUUGCAGAUCCGAAGUCUGUGGAUUUUACAGAUCCUGCAUUCAUUGCAAAGGCCAACCAGCACAUUCAGAAGAUGACCAAGGGGCUGAUCAAGGAGCCCAUGAAGAGUGUUGACCCCAGGACAGUGGUGAUGCUGCUAAAUUACCUCUACUUUAAAGGGUCAUGGGAACAGAAGUUUCCCAAGGAGCUGACCCAGGACCGCUACUUCCGCGUGAACGAGAAGCAGCAGGUGCGUGUCCCUAUGAUGCAGAACAGGGGCAGCUACCUGGCAGCCGCCGACCAUGAGCUGCACUGUGAUGUCCUACAGCUGCCCUACAAAGGCAACAUCAGCAUGCUCAUUGCCAUACCCCAAAAACUCUCCGGCAUGAGAACGCUCGAGCAAGAGAUCUCGCCCGCCGUGAUUGCCAAGUGGCUCAACAACAUGACCAACAGAACCCGUGAGGUGGUAUUCCCACGGUUUAAGCUGGAGCAGAGCUAUGACCUGAUUAGUCACAUGAAGGACCUGGGUCUGACUGAACUCUUCACAGAAAAGGGCGACUUUUCCCCCAUGACCUCUGAGAAAGUCACCGUCAACAGGUUUAAGCACCAAAGCGUCAUAACAGUGAAUGAGGAGGGAACCGAGGCAGCGGCAAUGACCCAGAUCGGUUUCAUGCCCCUGUCCACACAGACGCGCUUCAUUGUGGACCGGCCCUUCCUCUUCCUCAUCUACGAACAGCGCACUGACUGCCUCGUCUUCAUGGGGCGUGUAGCAGACCCAUCAAAGAGUUAA